CAUGAGCUUUGGAGGGGCAGAGCCAGACCAGACGCAAGCGAAUGAUAUGGGAUCUUCAAAAACCUGAAAAAAGAAAAGGCACCGCACUGCUGUACUGAGACUCAUUGGUGGUCAUUGCAAAUAUAACUAAUAGCGCCAGCCAGUGCAUCGAUUAGACGCACAAUUACGGCAUAUUUGGGAUGAGUUUCCACUCCUUUAGGAUAACGUUUCCCAUUUAAUCUGGAUCAAGAAAGGACUGCAUAUGAGUUGAGAACUUUUCAGUGGUAAGAAAACCCCGAAUGUCUGCCCUGCACGCCUAACUUUGUCUCAACAGUCCCGUGAAAGUGAUGCGUAAAAGUGUGGAGCGUUGCGCGUCGUUCAAUCCCAAAUUACCGGCGACCGUUUUACGACGAACAUGACCGUGUAAAUACUUAGCAUAACAUUAUUUGUAAUUCUUUUUUUGUUUUUAUUUUCUCAUAUCUCCACUGCACUUGAUCGCAAACGAUGCAGAUCCUACUGUUUGCUACCGUUCUUUACUAUAUCGUGAACUUCGUCGGAGCUGAGCCCAAACCAAAAUGCCCAGAGCGGUGCGAGGUGAGCACUUGCCCCAGCCCUAGCUGCGCGAUGGGGUACGUUCCAGACCGAUGCAACUGCUGCCUGGUUUGCGCCCAGGGAGAAAGCGACCCAUGCGGGCGCAAAGAUGACCUACCCUGCGGUGAUGGACUCGAAUGCAAGCACCCGGCCGGAAAGCGGCUAGCCAAGGGGUUUUGUCAGUGCAAAUUGGGUCACAAAGUCUGCGGCAGUGAUGGUAAUACCUAUGGGAACGUAUGUCAGCUGAAGGUGCAGAGUAGGAAGGCUCUGCAGCAGGGCCUGCCCACCAUCAACUCUGUCAAGAAGGGACCAUGCGAAAUCAACCAUAACAAAGGUACUUCACACCCCACCAGUCCCAGGUACAAGUUUAACUUCAUAGCUGACGUGGUUGAGAAGAUUGCUCCGGCUGUGGUCCACAUCGAACUCUUCCUCAGGCACCCUCUGUUCGGCCGGAACGUCCCUCUGUCCAGCGGGUCGGGCUUUGUGAUGUCAGACACAGGUUUGAUAGUGACCAACGCCCAUGUAGUCUCCAGCACCACGCCUGUAUCGGGGCGUCAGCAGCUCAAGGUCCAGAUGCACAAUGGUGAUAUCUACGAAGCAACCAUCAAGGACAUCGACAAGAAGUCCGACAUCGCCACCAUCAAAGUCAACCCACUGAAAAAGCUCCCGGUGCUGUUGCUAGGCCACUCGGCUGACCUUAGACCUGGUGAGUUUGUGGUUGCCAUUGGCAGCCCCUUCGCGCUCCAGAACACGGUUACCACAGGGAUCGUGAGCACUGCACAGAGAGACGGGAAGGAGCUGGGCAUCAGAGACUCUGACAUGGACUAUAUACAGACGGACGCCAUCAUCAACUAUGGAAAUUCAGGCGGACCUCUUGUUAACUUGGACGGGGAGGUGAUUGGCAUCAACACUCUGAAAGUGGCUGCUGGGAUCUCCUUCGCCAUCCCUUCUGAUAGGAUCACACGCUUCCUCAAGGAAUCAAUGGACAAGCAGAGCAAAGAAGUGAGAUCAUUGAAGAAACGGUUCAUUGGAAUAAGGAUGCUCACCAUCACCCCAGCGCUGGUUGAGGAGCUGAAGCAGCAGAACCCAGACUUCCCUGAUGUCACUAGUGGGAUCUACGUCCAUGAAGUGGUGCCUCAUUCUCCUGCACAGAAAGGUGGUAUCAGAGACGGUGACAUCAUCGUGAAGCUGAACGGUCGUCCUCUGCUGACCACAGCUGACCUACAGGGGGCGCUCACAGAGGAGACAGCCCUGCUGCUGGAGGUCAGGAGGGGUAAUGACGACCUGCUCUUCAACAUCCAGCCUGAUGUCAUUAUGCAGUAACCCAGUAACCAUGAUGACAAUGACCAGGAGUACUGUAUUCACGAUACAUUUCUAUCAGAACAUUCUGUAAACGUUACAACGUCACUCAUGAACAGGCUCCCAGCUGUUCAACAUCGAGCCAGACGACGUCAUCAUGCAGUAACCACAGCAACCGUGGUGUGGAACCCGGGAGACUGAAAAAGUAUAAUGACCAAACAAAAUAAAACAAAAAACUCUGGUUGAGAGCCCUAUACACUGAUAAAGUUGCCCCUAUAGUCACUGAUCUAGGGUCAAUUUGUGUUUGUUUUGGGAGGGUAAAACUGAUCCUAGAUCAGUGCCUAAAGGGUGACUUUUAACUACUCAGAGCCAAAGGGAGAACGAUCAACAAACAAGUCAAGAAACAGAAAACUGUGUUUGUUUGUUGGAACUUUGAUCGGGAAACAAUAGAGACUGACUGACCCUUGCUUGGGAAAUCCAGCCAGAAAACUCUCUGGAGUCUGGAUACAUUUAGGACUGAAUGUUGGAACGCCCAGCGAAAUGAAACACUUGAUUUUCAUUGUUGUUGUAUUUGUGUUUUGUAUCAUCUAACUGUCUUUGUCAAAGCAUGCUAGCUGUUUUUUGAGACUCACUUACUCCCAAUGCAAGUGGUCAUUGGUAAGACAAGUUUAGCAUAUAGUUCAUUCAAAGAUUUGUCCAUUGUUACACUGCUUUUAUAGCCUUUUAUCUGUUGAAUAGAAGUUAUUUCUGUACAUGCGAGUAGCUAUGUGUCCAAUGCUUUCAGUUUGAAAACAUUCCAUAACCAACUGUGAAUGUUGUUUUUUGGUCAGUUAUAAGUUGAAAGUAAGACCACAUUUGGUCAGACAUGUUCAGUUAUAAGUUGAAAGAAAGACCACAUUUUUAUUCAACUGGUAAAAUGUGAGCAAAUGUCUGAUUGAAUCUCACUGUUACUGGAUUCUUGAUGUCUUCUACUAUAACUGACCUGUUGGUAACACUUUACAUUAAUGUCCCUAAGGGUUUAUAAAGGGUUUGUAAAGGUGUUAUAAGCAGUUUAUAAACAGUUUACAAUACUGACUUGUGCUUAUAGUAUGAAUAAAUAAACUCACUUUACAGUCAGUUACUUAUAUCUUAAUCAUUAUGACUUAAGAACAGAUUGAAUGUUUACAUAUCUGGAUUCCUUACCAACAGGCUAUAUCAAUGGGAGUGAUAAAAUGUGUAUAAAAUAAAAUACAUUGCUGUAUAGGACGUUCUUGCAUUGACCCAGUGAGAUGUGUGCCGGUACAUGCGUGUGUGUCUGUGUGACUCCCUUGACAACGUUUUGCUGUACUUGGACAUGGCUGACGAGGAAGUUAGGAAUGUUUAUUGCUGCAGGCUGUAACGAGCUUAGCCGUGUUUAAGUACAAUCAGGGUAUUGUGGCUGCUACACAUACACACACGCACUGAAGGGGGCAUACUUUUCCACCCUCCACCAGCACAAUCAGACAUGGCGUAAAGUGAAGAUGUAUGUAUGUUAAGGUCCUAAGAAUAGUCAUACAGUUUUACUUGUCUUGUCACAGGUCAUACAUUUAUGUCUAAUAUCCUAGGAGGAUGUCCUAAAGGAAACUGGGAGAGUUUCAUACACAAUUUACUGUCAUGGUAUACUUGGUUGUCUGUGCAUUGUUGGCUAAUAUCCUUAAUGCAGCUACUGCUAAGUUAGCUCUGUAUAAAAACUUGACAUGUUGUUAUGACUGAAAGAAAAUUCAAACAAAGCUUUAAUUUCAACUUAUAUCUAA